UUGGGGGUGUCUCCUCCCGGGGCGCCAUGGCGGCACUGGCCAGUAGCCUGAUCCGGCAGAAGCGGGAGGUCCGCGAGCCCGGGGGCAGCCGGCCCGUGUCGGCGCAGCGGCGCGUGUGUCCCCGCGGCACCAAGUCCCUUUGCCAGAAGCAGCUGCUCAUCCUGCUGUCCAAGGUGCGACUGUGCGGGGGGCGGCCCGCGCGGACAGACCGCGGCCCGGAACCUCAGCUCAAAGGCAUCGUCACCAAACUGUUCUGCCGCCAGGGUUUCUACCUCCAGGCGAAUCCCGACGGGAGCAUCCAGGGCACCCCAGAGGACACCAGCUCUUUCACCCACUUCAACCUGAUCCCUGUGGGGCUUCGAGUAGUCACCAUCCAGAGUGCCAAGCUGGGUCACUACAUGGCCAUGAAUGCUGAGGGGCUGCUCUACAGCUCGCCGCAUUUCACAGCUGAGUGUCGCUUUAAGGAGUGCGUCUUUGAGAAUUACUAUGUCCUGUACGCCUCUGCUCUCUAUCGCCAGCGCCGUUCUGGACGGGCCUGGUACCUGGGCCUGGAUAAGGAGGGCCGAGUCAUGAAAGGAAAUCGAGUCAAGAAGACCAAGGCAGCUGCCCACUUUGUGCCCAAGCUCCUGGAGGUGGCCAUGUACCGGGAGCCUUCUCUCCACAGUGUCCCUGAGACCUCCCCUUCCAGUCCCCCUGCCCCCUGAAAUGUCAUCCCUGGAUUGGAGGCUCCCUGCACUCUCACGGAGCCAGCCACCACCACAGCCUGUCUCCCAGCCCUGCUCCCGGCCCUGCUCUCACCGCCGCUGCCACACGCAUGCCCUGUGCAGCCAGGUCCCACCAGGUGCUCUGCCCCGAGGGAGCCUAGGGGCCACUGUGACUUCUGGGCCUGCUGAGACACCCAGACUCUUAGGCCCAGGGUGGGGAGUCAGAGAGGAAGAUGUCUGGAAAUGGUCCUGGCUGAUCACUUCUUUCCUUCCAUGCUCACACCCUCCAAAGCCUUUUUCUGAGAUGGCGCUGGGGGUUCCAGAACUGACAGAACCAGGGCAUAAAUCCUCCCCAUACCAGGCUCAGCCAGUUCCUGGAGCCCUUUGACCUUUUCAUUACCACUGAGCCAUAGAUCUGUGGGUCCACUGGCGCUCAGGAUCCUUCCUUCUUUGUCUACUCCACCUUCUGCCUUGCUCCAGGUUCUGGAACACAAGGCACCCUAGCCAGGACCACUUCUGCACUCAGGCUCUGUGCUGGAACACAGGCAUGCUGCCAGGCUCUGUUCUGGAUCCAUCAGGCUUCUGUCCUUGACCCAGAUGGACCCCUGACUUCAAAGUAGAGAGAGGCUGGAUUUGAGCCCUGUCCAGCUGUUGGCCUUGGCCUGAACUGGGACCAGUCUUAGAUCACCACAGUUUGAACUUUCUUAUCCCAGAGACACCCAAUUCUAGAGCAUGGUGUUCUAGACAUAUACGGAGCCAUACUUCCUUCUGAAUCUUAGCUCUAGUACAUAGACCAGGGCUCUCAGUCCUUCCCUUCAGGAUGGAGCGAGGGCCUAUAUAGCCAUAUUAUUGCUCUAGAGUAAGUUCUAGACCCACGCUCCCACCUUCUCUAGUGAUACCUGUUAAGCAUGAGCUCUAGAAAGGACCCAGCUAUGAUUCACAAAAAACUAAGUUCCAGAUGGAUCAAAAACCACUUCUUGUUUUUCCUAGAUAAUUUUCUAAAACUCUUAGUCUUCCUGUAGAAUGCUAACCUUAUUUUUACGUGCAAUUUCUAGUUCCUGCAGCUCAGCUGGGGUCCUGUCGGGAAACAGAGUCUGAGGAAGGGCAAAGGAGUUUUGGAAGGAAUCCCUGGCUCAUAGUAGGGCAGCUAGGAUGGGGAAGGGACCAGAACCAUGGCAUGAUUGGACCUGUGCCUGGGUUGAGGCGACAUGAACACGUAGCUACCUCAGCAGGAAUUCCUUCCAGGUCCCCUUUAACACUGAGGUCUUUAGGAUAAUAGGUCUGGAAUAAAAAAGACAAAUGCGACAUAGCCUUGACUCCCACCCACCCACAAUGAGGAGACUCCAGUUCAGCAAUAAGCCCCACCCUUCUCCCCUACAGAUCAGGCUAAGGAGGGUGAGGGUCUCUUGGGUUCUAAACCUCAUACACCCCCACAAGCUUCUAACUGAAUAAAACUUGCUUUACCUUAGAGCUUAUAACCUCAGCUGGGUUUUAGGUACCCCAAAAGGGCCUGACUAGAUUUUUCUGAAAAAAUGCAGAGAGCUCGGGGCAGGCCUGAAAAAGAUCAGCCCAUCAGUGAACUGGGAGGGAUACUCUGGGUGGUGACAGAUUUGGGCAGAGUAGACUGAGGAGGCACUAAAAGGGGGGGGGGGGGGGGCGGUACUAGGGCUCAGAAGCAGGCUGUGUUUCCUCAGGCUCUUUUUUACUUCUGGCUUGUCCUAAGAGGGGUGGAUGCUCCCCUCACCCACACAGACCCCGCUCAGGCUCCACCCAUCUCCUGGCUCUGCUCCCAGGGAACCAGGUCUCUGCUCCACGCUUUCUCAAUUAAAGACGAUUUAUACAACUGAA